GAUGGCGGCCACUCACGUAGUCCAGGCUUCCUCUUGUGCACUUCUAUAAGCUAGAAGUGGUCGAAACACGGCUUCGCCGCUCUUCCACUUGAUUUGGAGCAGACAGGCGCGAGCAAAACAGCUCGAGCAGCAUCCGUUGGAUCUCCCGUGGGCGCUUCGACGUCGAAGCUUCUCGGCCUAGCUUAACCGCGUGUAGCUUGCUAGCCCCGCGAAGAGGCGCCAUUUGUGGCCGGCAGACACGUCGCCGAGGGGGGCGGGGCGGGGGAGGGGGCGCACGCAGACGGUCGAGAAUGUGCGCGAGGAGGACAGCGGAGCGCGAGGAGGGUUUUGGGCCAGCAAAAGAGGAGAACGAGCGGCGACGACGGCGGCCAUUUUUCGAGCAGCCUCGAGACAUCAGUGAAGGUCUUCUUCGCCCUCAGCGGCAGGAGACAGAGCCCCCUUCCAUUAAAGAGGAAGUGGAGGACGGGGAAGAGGAAUUGAAGCCCCAGUCCAUAAAAAAGGAAGUGAAGGAUGAAGGGGUCGCCUACACCGGAGAGGUGGAGGAAGAUUAUGAACCCCCUUACAUUAAAAAAGAGGAGGAGGAGGAGGAGGAGGAGGAGGAGGAGGAGGAGAAGGAUAUCUCCAAGUUGCCAUUGACAUUUGUGCCUUUGAAGAGUGCAAAUGAAGAUGAAAGUCCAAGUGAGGAGAGCAGAGGGAGGGACUGUCCAAGCCUCAGUUCAAGUCAACACAUGACAACAGAAGGCGAUGGAGACCAUUGUGGAGGACGCCAAGUGGACGGCCUCAUUGCGCCACUAUCAGAUACUGAUGACGUGACGUCGCGCUCUCCUCGCACUGAUGGUGAACCGUCUGAAGGUGACCGAACAUGUCGCACUCACAACAACCGCUGGAAAUGUUCUUACUGUGGGAAAACUGUGGCUUAUAAGAGCGAUUUGAAACAACACAUGAGAAAACACACUGGAGAAAAACCUUUUGCCUGCUCGGUUUGUAGUAAAAGAUUCUACGACAGGGGAAACUUAAAUACACACGCAAGAACGCACACUGGCGAGAAACCGUUUGCCUGCUCAGUGUGUGGCCAAAGUUUCUCUCAGAGUGGCCACUUAAAGAGACACUCGAGGAAACACACUGGUGAGAAGCCUUUUGCCUGCUCAGUUUGCGGUCAAAGAUUCUAUGAUAAGGGAAGCUUAAGAUGUCACACAAGAACGCACACGAGGGAGAAACCUCUUUCCUGCUCAGUUUGCGGUCAAACCUUCUCUCAUUAUGCAAGCUUAAGAUGCCACAAAAGAACACACACUGGCGAAAAACCUUUUGCCUGCUCAGUUUGUGGUCAAAGAUUCUGUCAGAAGGGCACCUUAACGUAUCACACCACGACACACACUGGGGAUAAGCCCUUUUCUUGCUCAGUCUGUGGCCAAAGUUAUUUUAGAAAAGGAGACUUAAAAAUACACACGAGAACACACACCGGGGAGAAACCUUUUUCCUGCUCAGUGUGUGGCAAAAGAUUCUCUCGGAACGGACACUUGCAAAAACACACAAAAACGCACACUGGAGAGAAACCUUUUGCCUGCUCGGUUUGCGGUCAUAGAUUCUCCGAAAAUGGAAAGUUAAAAAGACACACAAGAACCCACACAGGAGAGAAACCCUUUUCCUGUUCAGUCUGCGGCAGAAGAUUCUCUCAGAAGCAACAUGUUAAGACACACAAGUGCGUUGGCGAGAACAGCGGUGAUCAAUGAAGGUUUCGCCUCUUAUCCGAGCAGGCGUCAUCGGUUCAUGCACCAAGGAAGAUUGUAUUCUUUAUACCGCUUUGAAGCCCUCCCGUGGACAAGGGUUGAGAAUUAGAACUCGUGCUAAAACACUCGUAGCAAUACACCUGGCUUGUCCUAUGUUUUUGUGAUGUGCAGAUCAAAUAUGCUAACGAUUAAUUGAAAUAUUCUGUGAAGAAAGUUUAAAAAAAAAUUUUUUUUUCCCGAGAUCAUCCUAUUUUGAAUUGAUAAAAAUAAAUAUAAAAUAAUGUGAAAUUGUUUUGUGAGUUUUAUUUCCACUGCUUUUACUGACGUUUUAUCAGGGGUGUCAAACUCAU